CCCUGGCUUUGAAACAGUUAGCAUCGAAAGCAAGCGUCUUUUAAGUGAAACCGCCAAAACGUCGCACAAUAUUUUAUAAUCCCAUAAGUUCGCGAAAUAAUUGCAUGAAAUAUGGAAAAACACGAUGUGCAUCAUGUGCCACACAGCCGCGAAGUGCGUUCGUUUUUAAUGCCACGCGAUCCAAGCGUAGAUCGCAGAUUUCGACCACGUCCUAAUAAACAGCAACGACUCUUUGAUGAGGUGAUUAUGGAGUCGGACGACAACAGUUCUACAGAUGCCUCGGACACAGAAUCUGAGUAUGCUUCAACAAACUACGAAGAUGAGGGCUCGUCGACAGAGCACAGUGAAGUGGAAUCUGGGCCACAGGUGUUUCUACGCUUGCGACCCGUGGAGUCUCCAUCCAAAUUGUAUGUUGUUUCUGACGAUGGAAAUGUGCUUAUUACCAGUGCGGCACCCAACGAGAAUAGCAGCAAUAACAUGAAUCGGAUGGAGAAACAUUACAGCUUCUCCAGCAUCUUUGAUAGCUCGGUGGGUCAACGUGAUAUCUAUGAUAAGUGUGUGGGACCCAAAAUCAUGGAGGAGGAAUGUGUCACAAUAAUGGCAUAUGGAACAUCUGGUUCUGGUAAAACCUACACACUGCUUGGCGACAAUGCAAUGGCUGGCGUUAUUCCGCGUGCUCUGGAGAAUAUUUUCACCAUGUACAAGAAUCAAUUAUACACAACGCCUAAGGUGAAGCUGGUAAAUGCACACAUGUUGCUUUUGGAGGAUGAUGUUGUUCUCGAAGAGUUGCAAGCACGUCGCCAAUUGUUGGCGCUUUGUCCAGAUAUCUCAGCCCAAUACAAUCGACUUCAUCAUGCCAUCCAAGGCGAUCAUGAGUUUGUGCCAUUGGAAUCCGAGGAUGUGUCCGUCAUGAUCUGGGUGUCAUUUGUGGAGAUCUACAAUGAGCUCGUUUACGAUUUGCUGACCCUGCCACCAAAGCAGGCAAGUAUGAGCGAACCGCGUCGAAAGAAUCUCAAGAUAGUGUGCAACAAGGGCCAAGUAUUCAUCAAGGGUUUAACCAGCAUAUUUGUAAAGAGCGGCGAAGAGGCAAUCAAAUUGCUUCGCUUAGGUCAGCAGCGUAUCACAUAUGCAUCGACAGCUGUCAAUGCCAAUUCAAGUCGAUCACAUUGUGUCUUCACUGUGAACGUUUUAAAAUACCAUCGAUCGGGCAUGACAACGUGUAGCUCAUACAAAUUCUGCGAUCUCGCCGGGUCUGAGCGUGUGGAUAAAACGGGCACGAUUGGCUCUCGACUGCGGGAAGCACAAAGGAUUAACACAUCGCUGAUGGUGCUGGGUCGCUGCCUAGACGCAGCGAGUUCGACGAAAAAAAAGAAUAAUGCGGACGUUAUACCAUAUCGAGACUCGAAGCUAACAUUGUUAUUACAACCGGCAUUACUGGGCACGGAGCGAUUGGCCAUGAUUGUGACGGUAACACCCCUGGACAAAUACUUCGAAGAGAAUCUCAAUGUGCUGAGCUUUGCGUCCAUAGCGAAAGAUAUAAUUUUUAAGAAGCCAAUUAUCAAACAGCACAACACACGUUACUCGGGCUUCGCCGAGAGCAAUCUACCCUCAGCGAUAAGAGAUAUGAAACGCAUCGAGGAAUUGGAGGAACAAAAUUAUAAACUGCAGGCUGAAAUUGAUCAAAUGAACUACCAGCAUGUGCUGCAGAUGCAGCUAUUGGAGGAGAAGUUGCGCAAGGAGCUGACCGACAGAUUUCAGGCCAGCUUAGAGAUGAAUAUAAAGCAGGGCGAGGAACGGCUGCAGAAAAUGCUGCACAUGCAGUCUCGCGAAUUUGAAGCAAAGAUGGCUUCAGUUAAUCGCAAACACGCAGAAAAGGUUGAGGACUUGGAAGAUAAAAUCGAGGAACUGAAAGAUGAAAUCGAGGAACUGAAAUCACCAAAUAGCGAUAUCGAAAUCAUAGAUGAUUAACAUUUUACAUUGAACAUUUCAUUUCCUUUGCUGAUCGUAGUUGCUUUUAAUGUAUUAUUUCUAAAAUUUCUGUUAAUCGCAUUAGCUGCUAUUGAAAAACAAAAGCAAAAAAAAAUCAUUAUUAAAUAAGAAU